AUGAACGACUGGAUACAUUGUAACAAGUGUUCAAUUAAGCCUCAUUCCAAUGUUAAACUUUUUAUAACUGAAUGUGGCCACUUAUUUUGCCAAAGGUGUACUGAAAAUCUAAAGGAUUCAAAAUGUGUUAUAUGCAACAAAUCUGUUAAAAUCAUACCAAUUUCCAACGAUAUGGAUGCUUCAAUUCAAAGGUUCUUCAUUCCCAUUGAAACACAUCUAAACAAAAUCUUGGAGGUGUAUAAUUUCCAAAUGCAACACCGAGGAAGACUAGUCCAAACAACACUCCAAAAAUAUAACUAUGCUAAAAAGGAGUGCAUAUCAGCAUUCAACAAAUACAGAGAAGUGACAAGAGAGAACAAGACAUUGAAGUCAACGUUAAUGUCUAGAGGAAAAUUUGGUAAUCCUCAUCCAUUCACCAGCACUCCUUUUGUUAAUGCAUCUCAAGCUGAUACUAUGUCAAUAUCUUCUGUUGGUUUUACCCCUAACGUUUGCGAAAGAAUGCAUCCAGCUUUGGCUUCAGGACCUGGUAUCGCAAAAAGAAUCCCAUCCAGGGAUAGCAAUUUUAUGGGGCCUUAUCUUCCUCCGGUGAGAAGAUAUUAG